GGGGGGUGGCUUGGACCCCUAGAUCCUUGCAUGAACUUCAGGCGAUAGGAGAACAAACUGGAAAAGUCCUGAACAUUAGCUUUUGAAAAGUGAUUUACUAUGACACUAGGAACUACUGGCAAACUGCAAAACAAGUCGCCAGAGCAGCAAUUCCUGCAAAGCCACUCCUGGAGCUCUCAAUGAUCCCAACUCAUCCAGUACUUCUGUGGACUUCACCUUGGGCAGAGAGGACCUACCCUGCACUCUGACUGCGCCAACUAACCUGCCUUCUGUGCUAUGGAUGCUACCUGUAGAAUGCACAGUGAGUUAUCAUGCUGCUCAUGACUCUAGAAUACAUUAUGUGUUGAAGCAGGCAAUCAGAGUGUUUUAUAACUUGAACGUUCUAAACUUGAAAUUAAGUCACUAAAUAAUGUAACCCUGGCGAGAUGGUUAGAACUUGGGGUUCCAGUGCACAAUUAUCUAGAAACACUCCAAUAGAACUCCAAGCAAUCCUGCACACAGGGAGGGGAUGCACACAGUUGGGUUGCUUUGUAACCUGCCCCAAGUGACAUGGAAAAAUCUGUCAUUUUAGAGCUGCUGAUGUUGGUGGCUUGCAGCCUCUGCUGUUGUCUGCAGCACAAAUGCCCAGAGCCAUGUGACUGUCAGCACCUCCAUCAUAUCCUUUGCUCCAACAGAGGAUUGCAUGCAGUACCCAAAUUCACCCCUCCUUUCAGUCCUAGUGGAACCAAAACCUACAGUCUGGGAGGAAAUUUUAUCUCCGAUAUCACUGGUUUGGAUUUUCAAAAUUUUCCUCAGUUGCAGAGGCUAGAUCUGCAAUACAAUAAGAUACAGUUCAUCCAUCCCAAAGCUUUUGAGAAGCUCAGUCAGUUAGAGGAGUUGUACCUUGGAAACAAUCUUCUCCCCACGCUUGCCCCUGGUGCUUUGGUCCAACUUAGGAAACUUAAAGUUCUAAAUGUGAAUGGUAACCGGCUCAACAAUGUUAGCAGGGCCAGCUUCUCCAAUUUGGUGUCUCUGAUUAAAUUGAGAUUAGACAAUAAUGUCAUCCAGAACUUGCAGGGUUCACCUUUCUCUGCUCUCUCGAACUUGAUGUAUUUACAUCUAGAGAAUAAUAAAAUCACCAACAUAAGUAAAAAUGCCUUUUCUGGACUGGGAAAGCUGCGUCUUCUCAGCAUGUCUGGGAACCCUCAGAAUUCUCUUCGACAUUCCACCUUUUUACCUCUCAGGUCACUCAGCACCCUCAUCAUGGCUGGAAACAACCUGCAACAGUUGGGACCAGGUGCUUUUCAUGGAUUACAAAGGUUAUCGAAGCUCAUUCUCAGUUUAAACCAACUUUCUUUGCUCCAUAAUAUGACGUUCAUGGGACUUGAUGCACUGCAGGAGCUCUAUUUGGAUGGCAAUUUGUUAAAACAGCUCCCUGAAGGCCUACUGGUGCCAUUGCACAAUUUGGAGAUCCUGAAUCUGAGCCGCAAUGCACUGUCCAGCUUGCUCCCUGGAACGUUCGGUGGAGUAAGUCGGCUGAGGGUGCUGGAUUUGCAGCACAACAUGCUCAGCUUUCUGUCUGGGCAAUCGUUUACUGGGAAUCCAGUGCUCUAUCGCCUGUUAUUGGAUGGAAAUCGCUGGAACUGUGACUGCCAUGUGUUGGGACUCAAACAUUGGAUUCUGGGAAUUCUGCAGACAAGGAGCCGCAUGCUAACGGUGUUUGUGCAAUGCUGGGAGCCCAAGGAAGUUGCAGGAAAAUAUUUAGACUAUUUAGAAGAUUCAUAUUUACAAGGGGUAGGAGGCUGUGUUGUUAACGCCACGCCUGCUGGACAGGAACAAGAACUGAUUAGCACCUUAAGACAUAGGGAUGGGGUACAGCAUCUUUCUGCAAAAAGAGGAGAGAGUGAGCCGUUAGACAUAACCACGAGAAGCCCUCAGAAAGAUGUUUUGCGGCUUCCUUUAUCCACAUUGUCAUCACAAAGUACUUCAACUCUUGAAACAGUUGCAUCAAGGCCACAGCUCAAAUCCACAAAAAGGCCAUUGGGCAGAAAAAAGCAAAGUCCAGCAAAACAUCAUGGUGUGGAGAUAUCACUCAGGAGAAAAGGCGGUAACGUGCAGGAUGCCGUGGGUACAUUACAUCAGCUGCCUGCACGUAUCAAAACUGCACAUCUUACAGAACCUAAAAUGAACUUGAUUAGACCUAGCCAGCUGUACCUAGAUUCUGAAAAACCUCACUCUACUCCACCUAAGCCAGCUACCCAGACAUUGAGACCUUUGCAUUCCAAGCUUCAAGAUGGUCUUGUUGCUGCAUCACUUGCCCCAGGACAUGAUACGUUGCAUUCCUCUUCCUCCCAGUAUUUGCACUCAGAGCUCCCUGGCACCUUAAGCCCUACAUCUGCGAGACCACAGACAGAUGGGCAGAAAUCUGAAAUUCUAACAUUUCACCAGGAUCACACUGCAGUUAAAACUAGUCCUAAUAAUGUACCAAACGAUGGCACCUUACACCAAAGCCAUCCUGACACCAUGGAACCUUUGUUUAAUUCAUUCAAAGAUGAAACUGAUCUUUCCCUUCCAGCAGCUGAGACCUUGCAUCAGGUUGCUCCAUCUUUUCUGUCUGACCCAUGUGAAUUUAACAAGCUGUACUUGUUGAACCUGUCUGUAGAGUCCGUAGGAAGCAACACUGCUCGCGUCCGAUGGCAAAUUUUGAUCCCUCACACUCAUGGCCCUGUCUUCUUCAGGGUUCUGUAUGAACGUUUUGGGCAGAGUGGUCGUUUUCAGCGUUUUGUUUACCCACGUGGGCCAGCGGAAACCCUUACCUUGCAGGAACUCACUGCUGACACUCCAUAUUUAGUGUGUGUCGAGAGUAUAAUAGGUGGAAGAGCAUGUUCUGUUGCCCCAAGGGACCAUUGUGUUGGGCUUGUGACCUUACCAUCUGAUGAUGGCCGGCCUUUCCUAAACUAUCAAAUGCUAGCCUUAGCACUGCUUGCCCUCAAUGCCUUGCUGCUCCUCUUGGGGUUGGUUGCCUGGAUGGCUCGGGCGGCCCGUAGGAAAUGGUGUCGGAGAAGGGCCCCUGUCCAUGUUCGCCAGAUGUACUCUACACGCCGCCCCUACAGGUCUGUGGGUACAGGGGUGUCUACUGAUUUCUCAGGUUUCCAAUCUCACCGACCCCGUACUACAGUAUGUGCCCUGGGAGAAGCAGAUCUUAUUGAGUUUCCUGGCUGUGAUCGCUUCAGGGAGGGUGUAAACUUACACCGAGAAGAUCUUCUGCAGAGAUUCACAGACUGACCCUGCUAUACAUCAAUGUGGGCGAUGUGACAAAUUGGUAACAGAACAUUUCACGAGACAUGUUUAAAAGUUGCUGAUUUAGUGCAACUUCGUAACUGAUCUGUCUCUGCCUUAUGAAUAUUUAUUGUGGUCAAAGUAAAUGAGUUCAAUUAAAGUAACUCCAUAUGCAAUAGGGAAAAAAACCAGGACAUAGAAUAUUACAUAAUUGGCAGCACGUAAAGCAAAGAAGGCCAUAAACUGUUUUUGGACAGAGUUGUAAUUUGUUUUUAAACAUAUUAAUAAAUGUACUAUUUAUUCCAAACCUGAAAUAACCAGCGCAGUAGCUGUUAGUGUUUGGG